AUGAAUCAAAUUGUAAGAUUUAUGCGACAAGCGCGUAACUUUAAAAACAUUAGAUACAUUACGUAAUAGUAGUUACCUUAAAUUGAUUGAAAAUGUAGAUUAUAUGCUCCUGUUAGAAGAAAAUUAAGCCUGUAAUUACCUCAUAUAUCCCUUGAUUCGAUUGACUAUUCAACAGAGAACAGAAAUUAAUAAGCCGUAAUGUAAUUUAAGGUUAUUAAUCGAAUGUUGAUAGAUUGCUUUGCUUGGUUUCGCGAUGACAGCUGCGAUUGUCUCUGCGAGCCACGAUGAAGAUUACGGAAGCUCCACCUACGAAGAAAAGACGAAGCCAGUAGAAAUUCCAAUUUACAAGAAAUAUGCAAUUCCAAUCCCUCAUCCGGUGCCAGUCGAAAUCCCUCAAAAGAUAGAAAUUCCAAUUCCCCAACCGCAACAAGUUCCCAUCGAAAUUCCACACCCUUAUCCGGUCGAAGUCGUGAAACACAUCGAAGUCCCUAUCGAAAAGCCAGAGCCCGUUGUCGUGGAAAAGCACGUACCUUUUGUGGUGGAGAAGCCGUAUCCAGUGUACGUCGAAAAGAAAUUCCCCAUUCCAGUCGCCAAGCCGUAUCCAGUUCAUGUGCCAGUUUACAAGCACGUAUUCGCCGCUUUAGUUACUUUGGUGUACGCCUCCUACGAAGAGGACCAUGGCAGUUCCACCUACCACGAAACCUCAAAGCCUGUGGAAAUUCCCAUUUACAAAAAGUACGCCAUACCAAUUCCACAUCCAGUUCCAGUCCCAAUUCCACAGCAAAUUAAAGUCCCUAUUCCGCAACCGUAUCAAGUCGAAGUGCCAGUACCGCAUCCAGUACCAGUGGAAGUUGUCAAGCAUGUCGAAAUUCCAGUAGAAAAGCCAGAGCCCUAUGUAGUGGAGAAAAAGGUACCGUACAUUGUUGAGAAGCCGUAUCCAGUGACAGUUGAAAAGCACUUUCCAGUGCCCAUUCCGAAACCAUAUCCAGUGCACGUACCUGUCUACAAGCACAUACCGUGUCUGAUAUGGCUGUCGAGCGUUCGUUCCGAAACUACAAUGAACAUGCACAUGCACAUGCCGGAUGGCAUGAUGGAGGACAAAGCGGCUAUGAAAAGGGAGUCGUAUUAUAAUCCGUGUCCCCCGACUUACUCUCAUCCUAUUUCGUACUCACCGCCCCCGCAAAUUUAUGUGAAACCGUACGUGCAACCAACGCCGACACAUUAUAUUCCGAAACCGAUGAUCACCUACGUGAAGCCAUCGCCACCUCCGGUCAUCGUGAAACCAGCUCCGGUAAUCGUAAAGCCAGUCGUUCAGCCAAAAGUGGUUUAUCCGAUCUAUCAGAAACCGAUGGUGUCGUAUGCGCCGAUCUACCAGAAGCCCGUUUACUACGCGCCUAUGUAUCAAAAAUUGAUGUACCAAGAGCCUAAGGUGUAUUUGAAGAAAUACGAACUACCGGUUACUCAAGUGAUUCAGAAACCUCAGAUUUCAUACCCCAUUCAGUACCAUCAGCCGAAAGUGGUGCAGGUCCCGGCGCCACAGAUCAAUGUUGUGAAGCUCGCACAACCCGUUGUACAUCCGCAGCCUGUUUACCACUCGUCCAUAAAACCAUACUGCCCUUAA